CGCGACUGCGCAAAACGUUAUACUAGUGCGCACUGGUGAGUUUUCCAGACUCGUCGCCUGUUGAACUUGCCAGACAAAACAUCAUGGCUGUCCGAGCGAAGGGAAGUCUAUAUUUACGGCGAAAGAAGGAUAGCAAACAGCCGACCCAAGCGUCUGGAAGCAGUACGAGCGCUGCUCAACGGGAAAAUGCUCCUCAGAAGAACUUCGCAUACCAAGAUGGCCAGCCACGCCAAAACGCCGCGGCAACCCUCACACGACCACCAAGAUCAUUUACAUCCCGACUUCCAGUGCCGAUAGGGACGGCGAAAUACACUGUUGAGAUUCAACGGCCUGGAAAAGUCGGUUUGGAGUCCUCUGUUCGAAAGUCACAUCACAAAACACGUGCGUCUCCGGAGCAGAAACGGCACUCACCGCGACGCAGAACAGAGGUGUCUAUGAGAGACUACACAGAUAACUUCACCACCACGUCUUCUUCCUCUCCGCCGUCCUCCUCUGCAUCAUCAUCUUGGCCUAGGGAAAUCUGCACAAGGAGCGCAUCACCGGAGUCCCCUCGACGGCAUACAAACCGAAAAGUGGUGCCGAAGCCACCACACUUUGGUUUGGAGGGGCACGACCAGCGCACCUCACAGCACGACCGGGAUAUCGCGGCGCUGAAGGCGAAGUAUCUGAGUGCCAUGAAGGAGCGGGAGGCUUUGAGUGCGUUGGAGAAUCGGGUUGAACAUAUCUUGAAGGCCCGUUGGAAGAGAGAAGCAGGCGAUGUCUUCGAAGACGCGUGGAAUAUCAACUCGAGCAGAGACCCAAGGGAUGAUAGACGUCAAGCAUCCGAUCGCCCUCGGGAGUCGAAGGCGGAGGACGUCACGGACACAGAAACAUUUCUGUCGAGUUUGCGAAAGAGAUUCCCCGGCACCAUCUCAGCCGAGUGUUGACCCGCCUUCGAAGCUGCAAUUAUUCGAAGCAGCUGAGCAUGCUCGCUCGCCAACUCCCGAUGAGGAUGGAACCGAAUGUUUCCUCAAAACUUUACGGCAACGAUAUGGGAUUCCAGAAGGCGACAGUUCGGAGCCA